GAGACGGUUGUGUGUUAGGGAGUUAGCAGAGAAGUUUCAAUUCUACUUACGCGAGUUUUCUUUUCGUCUCAUUUUGGACUGUUUCAAUCACAUUGUGAUGUGUCUUUAAGGAUAAUUUUGUGAAAAACGUGGUGCCUGUAUUCAUUUAUCCGUUUUAGGAAGAUAUGGUAAUUCUGCAUACGCCCUCCCUUUCGCCUGGCAUGUCUUGCCGGGCCUCGUACAACAGUGGCGGAGGCCACGGGGAUUGGGACAUUAACGACAGUGCCGUACCGAGGAUACACGACUUCGAUCCGUUUUCCGAAUGGGCGGACGGACAUUGUCGCCUUGUUUAUAGGGCCGACAACGAGGAAGCGAAGAGACACUCUUCGGGUUGGGCGAUGCGUAACACGAACAACCAUAACGUCCACAUAUUGAAGAAGAGCUGCUUGGGGGUGCUGGUGUGCUCGUUGAGGUGCACCCUACCUAAUGGGGAAAAGGUGCAUCUCAGGCCUGCGAUCUGUGAUAAAGCCAGGAAAAAGCAACAGGGUAAACCAUGUCCAAACCGUCAAUGUACCGGCCGUUUAGAAAUCCUGGCGUGCAGAGGACACUGCGGUUAUCCAGUUACUCACUUCUGGAGACACACCGAACAUGCGAUUUUCUUCCAAGCGAAGGGGAUCCACGACCACCCGCGCCCCGAAGCGAAAAGCACCAGCGAAGCCCGACGGUCCCUCGGCAGUGGCAGGAGGGUGCGUGGAUUAGCGGUACUCCUCGCCAAAGAAUCCUUAGGAAAUAAGCUAAUGUCACUGAGAGAACCAAAACGGUCCUGCAAAGAAGUACUAAAAGCCAGUAACACCCCUCUAGUCACCUCACAAGAAAAAGGUUACUGUUCUUGCCCGCCAUUUGAAUGCAUUUGCAACUACCAACCCUCUAUACCCCAAUCAAUGCAACAAUUUCCCACCUCUCCCCAGUCCUACCAACCCACACCCCACCCUGAAACCAAUUACUGGAACCAAGAACCACCGUACGCGCAAGCUUACCCCACCGAAAUCACUUCGAUGGACACCAACUACGACUUUUCCAGCGACCUAUUUCAACCCAACGACAUUUUCCAACUGGACCAACCGAUUAAACCGGAUUACGUGUACAUUUCCGGUGCGGCAGAGGUGAGAAGCGAAAUUCCACGCUCCCCGCCUACCUUGUUGGAUUUGGGCAGCGGUACCAUACACAGAGAACCAAAGACUGAAGAUUAUUGGCCCCAAACCGGAGGGGUCGGUUUUUUAAAUGAAGACUCCAGCACUAGUUGUAAUAGCAGAUUUAAUGUGCCCAGCCCGGAUGUUCCUAAGAUGCUCAAUAAUAAUAACUUUGUCGACCAGAAUUUGUUUUCUAAUGUGAUGCCUCAGAAAGCAACAUCGUCGGGUGCCAUUUAUGAUCAGAGCGCCCUUCUUGGGGUCACCGAGUUCAAAACUGAAGCCCCUCAGUUCGAUUUAAGCUUAGAAGACAAUAAAUUGCCCGAGUACUUUACAAACACAGAAAACUUUCAUCAGAACUUUCAACAUUAUCAAGUUAAGCCAGCAGCAAAGUCCAACUUUCAAGAGUAUAUCGAUGUGGCUCAGUACAGUGACUACGCGAAUUUUUUGAAUGUUUAUAAUGAGAAUAAAGUGGGUCAUACCAGUGAACAGUGUAAUAAUGUAUUCAGUGACUUAGAUUUUCGAAUUGCUGGUAGCUCAUUUGCUGAUACAUUGGUGGAUUAUAGUGGUGGACAUCAUAGUUAUGAUGUACCUACCACCCACUAAAAUAUUACCAAAUUCUGUACUCUCUUAUCAGUGAAAUGUAUAAAAAUGUUCCUUCAGUCAAAAUAAUUUGUCACUUAAUGUUUGUUAUUUUUUUAAAAGUUACAUUUGUGCCUUAUGUAAUAUAAAUAAAAAAAAACAUUUGUCAUGUUUCAAAUAUUAGCUGCUUAUUGUAAAUAUUGUGUACAGUAAAACAUGUGAUC